GUUUUCUACAGAUAACGUCAAAACUAACCUAAAAUUUCGCAUGUUGUUAUUGAUAUUUUUAGAGAAUUGGUUAAUUUGAAAUAUUUAUCUAAACAAAACUACCAAAUAUUCUAUUAUAAGUGAAUAAAAAUGGGAAAGCAACGCAAAACUAGAAAAAUAGUUGAGAAAAGAUUUGCACAAAUGAAAAAAGUUAUUAAUCCAAGAGACAGCAGGAUAAAAGCCCAAGAAAGAGCAGAGCCGAAGAAAAAGAAAAAAAGCGAUCCACAUGAAGUUAAGCUACGGGAAGUGACACAAACUAGUUCAGCUUUAUUCUUUCAAUAUAAUACUCAGCUGGGUCCACCGUAUCACAUCCUUAUUGAUACAAAUUUCAUUAACUUCUCUAUAAAAAAUAAAUUGGACAUAGUGCAGAACAUGAUGGAUUGUUUGUAUGCAAAAUGUAUUCCUUAUGUCACUGACUGUGUUAUGGGUGAGUUGGAAAAGCUAGGAAGGAAGUAUCGUGUAGCAUUAAGGAUAAUAAAGGAUCCACGAUUUGAAAGAGUUGCAUGUAUGCAUAAGGGAACAUAUGCUGAUGAUUGUAUAGUACAAAGAGUAACACAGCACAAAUGUUACAUUGUAGCAACAAAUGACAAAGACUUAAAAAGAAGGCUCAGAAAGAUACCAGGUGUUCCGAUAAUGUAUGUUGCACAGCACAAAUAUACAAUUGAAAGAAUGCCAGAUGCUUAUGGAGCACCUAAGGGAGCUGUAUAGUGCCCGUUUUCAUCAAAUACAAACAAGGCAAUAAUUAACUCCUAAUCUAAGGAUAUUCAUAGGCAUACAUCAAAUUUUGACCGAUAGUUAUCACCUAAGAGUUGGUGAAUCAUUUUUUAUCAGAAAACACCUAAAAUAUUAGGCAUUAAAUUUAGGUGUUUCCUGUGUUUUGUGAAAAUGGGCAUCAGUGAGUCCAUGAAAUAAGACACCUAAUAGAAUAUAAAUGUGAUUAUUUUGUUUCAUUGUACCAGAAGUACCUAACAUUUUUGAAAUCAAAAAUAUUCUUAGCUGGACUCAUGAGGCUGGCUAAUUAAUAAUAAAAAUACUUUUACACUUA